AUGGCGGAAGCCAAAGCAUCCUGGUACGGCGAGGCGACGUUCCGCAAGCUCUUGCUGCUGGUCGCCCAGAUCUGGACAUGGGUCACGAUCGGCACGCACGUCAUGAUGAUGGUGCUGUGGGUCAUGGUCUUCGUCCAGAACAUUGACGUCUUCAAGAAGGUCAACGAUCGAUACAUCGGAAACGAUCAUAACCGCUACGAUGCCCUCGAUGGCAAUAUCGGAUCUGGAUACGUCGCCAAUACCAACAUGCCGAAACAGCUUGGGGGUGCUGUGUAUGUAUUCGGUAUACCAUUCUUUGCCUCAAUGUUCGCCAUCUCCAUGUGGGGUUUCAUCCUCAUCGCUGCCGCCGCGGAUGUCGCGUGGAGGUGGCCAAGCGUACAGCGCUUCCUACUGAUGUGGCACACGCCCGGACUUUGGUCGAACAAGAACCUUGACGAGCUGGACUACUACUUCAUCUUUGCCAAUUGCUUCCUCAAACUGUUCAUCGUCGUGGCCACCGGCUCCACCUCAUGGCGCGGUCUCUAUCCCAACAAUCCUCAGAUCGAUACCGAGGUCUACUGCCUGUACGCUACCUUCAUCUACCUUGUCAACAUUCUCGCCAACAUUGCUGCUGCUGUCCAGUUACGGCUUGGCUGGAACUCGUGCCGCAGGUGA